UUGGUUUGUUCUGUGCAAAAGAAAGCCAUGGCUACGGUUCAGGAGCUCCAAUCCGAAGCCUUGUGCUCGAUUUGCUUGGAGUAUUUCAAAGAGCCGGUGACUAUUGCUUGCGGGCACAAUUUCUGCCGCGCCUGCAUUGAGCUGUGCUGGGGCAAAGCGGAGGGAAACGUGGAAGGAAACUUUUCAUGUCCUCAAUGCCGAGAAACGAUCCAGGAAAGAACCUUCAGGCCCAACAGGGCGUUGGGGAAUAUGGUGGAACUGGUGAAACGUCUGGAAUUGGAAGCAGCAGCAGAAGCCUCGCCGGUACCAUUAUGCACGAGACACCAGGAGCCCCUGAAACUCUUCUGCCAGGAGGAGGAGACCCCCAUCUGCGUCAUCUGCAGGGAAUCCCGCGACCACCGGUCUCAUCAAGUGCUUCCCAUCGAAGAGGCUGCCGAGGAUUAUAAAGAACAAAUCCAAUCCGAACUCCAGAAACUGAAGAGUGUGAGAGAGAAUGUCAUGCAAAUGCAGCUGCAAGACACGAUUACGAUGAAAAAGCUCCUGGAAAAAAUUGAAACGGGAAAGAGAUGUGGUUGUGAAGGAAUUCGACCAACUACACCAGUUCGAGCAGGAGCAGAAGAGUCUCUUUCUGGACCAGCUGAAAGAGCUGCAGAAGGAGGUGGAGGAUGAACAGAAGUCCAAGGCCGAGA